UCGUGCGGGGGGUUGGGCGGCCGCGAGACGCCACUCAGACCUGCCCCGCGCCUACGGUCGGCCCAGCGCCGUGGCUCUGCGCGCGGGGGCCCGGGGUCUGAGGGGCUGCGGCCUACCCGGGCCCGCCGCUCAGCCCCAUGAGGCACAGCCUGACCAAGCUGCUGGCAGCCUCGGGCCGCGACUUCCCGAGCCACCGCGACAGCCAGGAGCCGGCCGCCACGCGCGCGCCGCCCCGGGGCCCGACUGGGGCAGCCGCGGGGGCGGGGACGCCGAGGCCGGGAUCGCCUGACCGCGAGCAACCUCACGGGGACGGGGGCGAGCCGGAGGCCCGGAGGGGGAGCCGCGGCUGCGUGGCCGUGCGCGCGCCCGCGUCCUCGCCAGUGAAGAUGGAGGAGGAGGAGGAGGACGCGAUCGCUAUGGUCCCCAAAGAAGAGCCGGAGGACAUGGACUUUCUCUCCGGGCUGGAGCUGGCCGAUCUGCUGGACCCUCGGCAACCGGACUGGCACCUGGAGCCCGGGCUCAGCUCGCCCGGGCCCCUGUCCUCGUCCGGCGGAGGCUCGGAGAGCGGCGGCCUGUUGCGGGGGGACGACGACGACGAGACCGCGGCCGCGGAGAUGCAGCGCUUUUCCGACUUGCUGCAGAGGCUCUUGAACGGCAUCGGAGGCUGCAGCAGCGGCAGUGACCGCGGCAGCGGGGAAAAGAGGCGGAGGAAGUCCCCGGGAGGAGGCGGUGGCGCCAGCGACAGCAACCAGGCGGCGACCAAGAGUCCUCGGAAGGCGGCGGCGGCCGCUGCCCGUCUUAAUCGGCUCAAGAAGAAGGAGUACGUGAUGGGGCUGGAGAGUCGAGUCCGGGGACUGGCAGCCGAGAACCAGGAGCUGCGGGCCGAGAAUCGGGAGCUGGGCAAACGCGUGCAAGCACUGCAGGAGGAGAGUCGCUACCUACGGGCCGUCCUAGCCAACGAGACCGGACUGGCUCGCCUGCUGAGCCGGCUGAGCGGCGUGGGACUGCGGCUGACCACCUCGCUCUUCAGGGACUCGCCCGCCGGGGACCACGACUACGCCCUGCCGGUGGGGAAGCCGCCGCAGGAGCUGCCGGAGGACGACGACGCGGCGGGAGGAGUGUGUCUCCAUGUGGACAAGGAUAAGGUGUCGGUGGAGUUCUGCUCGGCGUGCGCUCGGAAGGCGUCGUCUGCUCUUAAAAUUUUCUUUUUUAGGUGAUUUCCUUCCUGCCAGGCUCCGUUGUAGGGGUUACAGAACAGUCGUUCCCGCCUCACAACCUGGUAAGGAUCCAUCUCUUCACGUACCGCUCAUGCUCUGCUGCUUAGCCUCCUUUAAUGGGCAGACAUCUCAGUGUGUGUGUGUGUGAGAUCUUUUGUUUUCUUUUUUUCUUUUUGAAAGGUGGGAGGGGAAUUUAAUUUGGGCCUUGUCCACCCUGGAAACAGACUUGUGCUGGUCAUUACUGUACUUAAGUUGCUUUUGGUUGAAAUAGCUGUUAAAUGUGUCCCCUUGUUCAGAGUUGCGUGUACCUAGCUCUUCUGUCCCCAGUGUGGACAUGGCCUUGGAUGACAUCGGUUCCAACUGUACACUGAAACCUGCUAAUAGAGAUACAGUUUGGAGACAGUCAAACAGGUGAAGUUGAAUGGAAGUUCCGAGUUGUACAAGGUGCAAAUUGGAAUUCCAAUUGUAGAGCAACUUUUCAGAGGUUGACAAUAAGUAUUGAGGCAUGCGCAAAUGUGGUAUUUUUCUGGAGAUGACAAAUCUCCUAAAAUACUUAAGAAUGCCUUAUAGUUUUCAGUAGAAAAUGCAGAAAUAUAAUCUAUUUAAAGAUCUUAAUAUUUCAUCACUUGAGAAGUUGGAAAUUAACAUACCCAUCAGAUUUCUGUGUUUUAAUUAGAAGAUGUGAAAUGUUUGAGGACCAGCACAGUAAUUACUUAUGAGUAUGAAGAAAUUGUUCAAAGUAUUUAUUUUUGUUGUAUUAAAAUUUAGGCUAAAUUUCUGUAUGAUUAUUAGCUAUUGAAGGUUGUGAAAUGUGAAUGAAAAACAUGUAAAGUGAGGCUUCACAAAGAAUCUUUUCUCCAUAUUUCUAAAACUUUUGUCCUACUUAAAAAUACCUUUUUAAAUUAAUGAGGUGAUUGAUACUUUUUCCAAAGAUGGAAGUCUUUCUUCCCUUGACAUACUGUUUAUUGUUUAUUGUCCACUUGUCUAGUGUCUGUUCUGAUGCUCUAAAAUGCAAGAGACAUUAAAUUCUUUGUGAAACAUCACUGUUUGAUAAAGGAUAUACGUAUUUAGCAUCCUUGUUUUUCUUUGUGCUAAAGUGGAUACAGCUGUUGGGGCAGAAGAGACGGGACCAGCUGCUGGCCACAUUUCCUGCUUUAUUUUAAAAGCUUAGCAGUAUCUGCAAAAACGAAUCUUUUCCUACAACCUGUUAACUGACUGGACUGAUGGUAACAGUAAUUGUGGGAGCCAUGUCGGUCAAAAAUUUGGCAUCUGCUGAAAAACAUGAAUGCCAUUUCCAAGGUCCCAAAUUACUUCUAUACUGAUUACACUUUCCAGAAAUGGAGAUAUGAAAAGAUUCUCUGGAAUGCUUGAAAGACUUAAUAGAAAUCCAUGAGACUAAGUUAAUUUUGGAACAAAAUUACACCUCUCUUUUUUUCAUUCAUGGCAGUUAACACUAAAUUUAUCGCAUACUUUAAAAAAUUGUAACCAUUGGAGAAGAGAAUUACAGUGUUUCAUCAAGAAACAUUAGGUUUUUACACAAUCAAGAACAUUUUGUGGAAUUAGACUUAGUGGGUUAGAAUGACAUAAGUAGGCUAGCAGUGCUCACAAACCUCAGAGUUUGAAUGCUGGAAUGCAAAGAGCCGCUUUGGAAGACAGACACCUGGCUGAGUAGAAUAAAGUCCUUAACUGAAAGAUUAGUGUUUUAAAGUAGAUGCAUUGAUUGUAUGUCUUGAAGAAGUGAUUCUGACAAUGUGUGGAUGCAAAUUUAGGGUAUCAUGAGCAUGUAUGCAAUACCAGGGUUUGGCAUCUUCAAUGUUCUGAGUAUUUGAUCUCGUUGAAUGUGUUGAGGUUUCCGACGAAUGAUAUAGUUUCUACUGUUCUGUGUUAAAAUUUCUGUAGUAUUCUGUAAGGAUCUUUAUAUUCUGGAUGAUAAGGGGUAAUAAUUUCUUCAGUAAAACACUUAGAACCCAAUCAUUUUCUAUUACUGUUGGAAUAUGCUAAUGAAUCUUUCAUCUGGUCUAGAUUGAGUUAUAUUUUGGUUCACUUGGGAAAUACGCAGAUAGAAGAGGGAGAUGAUAGGAAGUAGUUAAUUUACUCAAAAUUCAUUCAGGUUGCUCUUGUAUUCAUCUAUAUGCUCAGUGCCCAUAAAGCCAAAUAGUAAAGGGAAUUUCUAUAGGCUUAUCUUUAAAGUGACUAAUGCACCUAUAGUACAGACCUUGAAUACAUCUCUGACAGAACAGUGUGGAUAAAUCACUAAUAAUAUGUAUUAAUAUUCUGCAGUUACCUGGUUGAGGUAUUUUGAAGGUAGAGAUUGUGAGCUCACAGAUAUAGUCAUUUUUCUUAACUAAAUAAAUGGAUCAUCAACAUUGAAUAGGUAAUAUUUGCCUGUAUUUCCCCCCCCGUAUGUUGAUUCUAAGUUUUGAGACCCACCUUUAUAUUUUUACUGUGCUUCUGGAUUAGUUCUCCCCCACUCCAUUUAUUUACUUAGGAAUUAAAAAGGCCACUUUAAGAAUUUACAUAUUUGAAUUUUAAUACCAUCACGUGUGGGCUCAAUAUUUAACCAACCACCCUUACUGUUUUACAAUAAUGUUUUUGUAAGAAUUAAUUCAUAGAUACAGUAGCUAUGUACAGUGUAAUCUGCCAGUGUAACAAUUUGAAUUUUACUGUAGCACAAGUAUUCCCAAGUUUUGUAUCAUCCUGUUAAGAGUAAAAUUCCUAUAUCUUUCUGGCUUACUGUACAAGAGUUUGGACUUGAAUAAUAUAUAUACCCACAGAUAUAAUGAAUCUGAAUACUCUUAAAGCCAUGUGCCUAGUCAGAGCAGACUGCAAGAUUCUAAGUAUUUUUAACCAUCUGUCUACUUUAACUAGACAGAAGUCUUAAACUGCUUUCCUCAGUGAGGCAUUGUUCUUAGGUCUGAGCUACAGAAAAAGAACUAAGUGUCCUUAGGAUUUGAUGUUACUCACAGUUCAUGUCAUGUACUUGGCCUUCUGAACAGUUUCAGUAGGCUAAGUGUUUAUUGCUUAGUUGCCUAUUUCUGUUAGUUAAAGAGGAUUUCACUGUAGCACAGGGAAGAGGUUCAUGAAUCUUUGUAAAGGAAAAGAUAAAACACAUUUAUAGCCAGUGUGUCAGGAGUAAAAGUCCUGGGACAGUUUUAAGCAUAGUAAACAGUUUGCACUUAUCAGAUUGGUUAUAUAUCACUGGAUUUUGGAUUACUAAGUUGAUUAUACACCGUCUGUAUUACCUAAGAAAUCUGAUGUAGUAAUUAUAUUUAAUAAAUUAUUUAUACUUUGAUCAAUUAUGCAUUAAGUAAAAGUGAGAAUGUAGGUGGGCAGCUUUGUAUCAGAUUAUACAAAACACAUUUUCACAUUGCAGUUCUAAAAGUAAAGCAUAUUAAAAAUCUUGGGAACUCCAGAAAGAAAGCCAAAGAAAUCACGUAACUAACCCAGGGGAAGAUACAGUAAGUAAACACUUUUCUCUUAGAAACUUCCUUCCUUCAUAAUUAUACUUAAAACUGGAUAGAGAACACAUUUCUUGUGCUUUUUGGAAGAACAAAUCACAGCAUUCUGAAAACUGCUAAAUUUGACUAAAAUUUUAGUAGUUUUGAUGAUGGAAACAAGGGUCUUACAUUGGACUAGAAAUCACUAGCUAGCCUUAAAUCUGAGAAUGGCCCUGCCUUUUCUUCCCAAUUGCUAGGCAUGCCUGGGUAUUUUUUUCUUUUUUUUUUAUUUUAAUAAAAGUCUAUAUAACACGUU